CCAGCAGGCUUCGGCCAAUCAGGAGCGGCCACAGUGUUUGGCAACAACACUGCGGACGUCAGCUCAAUUGUGCAGUAACUAUUUAGCGCAGGGUUGUUGUUUCUUUUCCUAGCUUGGCCAAACUGUUACUUCAUUACAGUUCUGCUUCUACUAGUAGGACGACGUACACUUUAUAGCAAUUUCCAUUUCAAACCAAACAAUGGAGGCGGUGGACUCUCAAGGAAAGACCAUAACUCUUGUCAUAAAAACACCCAGCCGGGCUGUGGACGACCAGACCGUCGAAGGCGUCCGUUUGGACUGGACGGUGAAGGACCUCAAGACACAUUUGGCGGCCGUCUAUCCAACACAACCGACUGAGCGUGACCAGAAGCUCAUAUACGCCGGUAAGCUUCUACCUGACCAUCUUCACAUGGGAGAUCUCUUCAGAGAGCCUGGCUCCAUUCCAACUUUGCAUCUGGUCUUCGCUGUCAGGAUGCAGCACCAAUCAUCUCUGGGAGAAAGCUCACAGGUUAAAUACGCCGAGCAGCCUCAUCUCUCCAGCCGAGGGCCCAAGCCGUCCUCGGCAUCCUCUAGUCCCAGCGGCACCGCAGGACUGAGGCAGAGGAAUGUCGCCGGCGCUCAAGGAAACGUUCAAACUGCAGCAUCGCGCCAAGCGGCUCCGGCAGGGCCUCGCACCGCCGUGCCCGGAACCCCACAAAUGACCCGACCAGCGUUCCCAGCCUACUCUCUGUACAGCCCCCAGCAGCUCCUGUGGCUCCAACACGCCUACGCCCAGCAGUAUUUCAUGCAAUGUCACGCAGCUUGGGCAGCAGCUGGCACCGUCCCCUCCUCCUCACCUGCACACCCUCCCGUCCCGGCCCACCAGGUACCCCUGCCAGCACCCAUUGCCAAUCAGAACCCCAUCAACAACCUACAAGCAGCCAACCAGAAUCCAGCACAGGAUGGCGCCUUCAUGGACCCAGCAAUAGCCAAUCAGAAUAUGAGGAUGAACGCCCAGGGCGGACCAGUAGUGGAGGACCAAGAAGACCUGGAGCGAGACUGGCUGGACCGGUUGUACUCUGCCGCCAGAUUUGGUGUGCUGCUCAUGAUCAUUUACUUCAACUCCGACCUUAGUCGCUUCCUGCUGGUGAUGGGCACCAUCCUUCUCAUCUACCUCCACACCACAGGCUGGUUCACCUUAAGAAGGCGAGAGCAGGUCCAGGGACCCAACCCCAUGCAGCCCCCUGAAGUCCUGCACAACCAGGAGGAUGAGAACAGAAUCCCACAUCCUGUAAGUCAGACGAGUUGGCCUCGGACUGAAAGACGUGGCAGGAAGCCAGCGUGUGAACGUGUGCUGUCUUCUCAGGCUGCCAACACGGAAGGACCCACGGAGCCAAUGACCGCCGUUCUGGUGCCUCCGCUCAGGGCGUCCAUCAUGUGGACGGUCUGGGUCUUCUUCAAAACCUUCUUCUCUUCGCUUGUACCUGAGGCUCCUCGGGGCGUGGCCAACUGACCUGCUCAACUGGACCCUCCCCCAAACAGACUUUUGCAACCGAGGUAUCCGUGGACUUCUUUGGGAAUAUGAUUAUUAUUGUUCUUCAGGAAAUGCGUAUUACAUAACAUUGACUGGACUAUCAGUCACUAUCAUCACAGCGGCAUGAUGGACAUCACGAUAUCAGCAUAAAAGGUGUAAGGCGUGAUUUGUUGCAAUGCACCUAUGUGAUCACAUGAUUUGUGUGGCUGUGAUAUCAUGUCAGACAUUAAAGGUGAUGUUUUUCCCGUGGAAAAGGAGUCGGUUGUCGUAUUGGUGCUCCGCUGAGGGGAGAGGACCAGGAGAUCAAUCUUCUUAUCUUUUACGUUUCCCCAACAGGACAAAGUCCUUUGACCGCAGGUUGACAUGCAUUUGUGACCUUAAAUGACCUUGGCAUGUCGACCCAACGCUGGGGAGAAUAAAUAGUUUCACCGUGUGUGUGCAUGUUUGAUCAAGCACUGGAAAAAGAGUAAAAGGAUGAUGCCCCUAAGACCGUACAUCAUGAUACAGCCAGACGACACCACCGAGACGAUACCACCAAGAUGAUACAUCCAAGACAGACUUAGACAAUACCAACAAUACGAUACAUCCUAGACUGACCCACACAAUACCAAGACGAAACAUCCUAGAUAGAGCCAGAUGAUACCACCAAGACGAUACAUCCAUGACAGACCUAGACGAUAAAACCAAGACCAUACAUCAAGAUACACCCAGACGAUACAUCUUAAUGCACACAGAUGAUACCCCCAAGACAAUACAUCCUAAGUGCACCCAGACGAUACCACAAAGACGAUACAUCUUAAAUGCACACAGACGAAACCCCCAAGACAAUACAUCCGAAGUGCACCCAGACGAUACCACAAAGACGACACAUCUUAAAUGCACACAGACGAAACCCCCAAGACAAUACAUCCGAAGUGCACCCAGACAAUACAACCAAGACAGACCUAAACGAUACCACCAAGAUGAUACUACUAAGACGAUACAGCAUGAUACACCAAGAUCAUACAUCCUAGACAGACCUAGACGAUACCACCAAGACCAUACGUCAUGAUACACCAAGAUGAUACAUCCUAGGAGGACCUAGACGAUACCACCAAGACGAUGCAUGCUCGGUAGACCUAGACGAUACCACCAAUACGAUACAUCAUGAUACACCAAGAUGAUACAUCCUAGACAGACCUAGACGAUACCACCAAGACCAUAUGUCAUGAUACACCAAGACGAUACAUCCUAGACAGACCUAGACGAUACCACCAAGAAGAUGCAUGCGGUAGACCUAGACGAUACCACCAAGAUGAUACAUCCAAGAGUCCGAUGAUACCACCAAGACGUUUCAUUCUAAAUGCACCCAGAUGAUACCACCAAGAUGAUACAUCCUAGAUAGACCUAGACGAUACCACUAAGAUGACACAUCCUAGAUAGAGCCAGAUGAUACCACCAAGACGAUACAUCCAAAUGCACCCAGACGAAACCACCAGGACGAUACAGCUUAGAUCAGGGGUCCCCAAUCACCGGGCCGGGAGCCAGUAUCGGUCCGUGGGCGGGGCCGAACUGGGCCGAGGAAACUUUUCAAGCGCAAUGAUAAAAAAAAAAAUACACACACAAAAAAAUACUUUGGUAAAAAACUAAAUACAAUUUUAAGUAAA